AUGUUCAAUUCAAAAGGAUGUUUAAAUCAUCUUACAAAAGAAGAAAUUAUGGUAUAUACAUUUCGUGCCUAUGUAUCACCAAUAUUAGUUAUUAUUGGUAUUCCAUCAAAUCUUUUAGUGAUACUUGUAUUUAUUAUAAUUGAAUAUCAAAAAACUUGUCGUUUUAAUUUAUAUGCAAUAUGGAUGUCUAUUGCUCAUAAUAUACAAUUAAUUGUUAAUACAUUAAUUGAUGAUUUUUUAGGUCGUGGAUUAAAAUAUGCAACACAAUGUAAAUAUUCAAUACAAGUUGAUAUAGAAUCAUCAUUUCUAUGUAAAACAUUUACUUAUUUAACUGAUGCUUCAGCAUUAAUUGCUGCAUUUAUAUUAAUGUUAUUUAGUGUUGAUCGUGUUUGUUCAAUUUAUAAUCCAAAACAUUUUGAACAAAGUUCUCAUGUGAAAUUAGCGCAUAUUAUUAUUGGUUUUGUUAUAAUUAUUUGUUUAAUAUUAAAUAUACCACAUUUAAUAUUUGCUGAUUUAAAAAUUCAUCCAAUAAAUAAUUCACAUGAAUGUCAAUAUAUUAAUCCUGUUGCUGGUGGUGUAAAAUAUGUUCUUUAUUUAUAUAUUAUUGGUGUAGCUAUACUUCCAGCUAUAUUUAUUUUUAUUACAAAUAUUUUAAUAUUAUAUAAAUUGAGUACAACAGUUUAUCGAUCAAAAUUAAUUGGUACUAAAGAUGAUGAAUCAAAUAAUGAAAGGGGUAAAGUAAUAGCACAUUUAGCUAUUAGUAUUCUAUUCACAAGUUUAUCUAUACCAUUAGUGGUAAUUAUUAUUUUAAGACAACAAGUAUAUUUUUACAAAUAUGAUAUAUUAUAUCCAGAAUAUACUAAACAAAUUGUACAAUAUUCAAAAUUAUUUAGUUCAGUUGAUUCAUUUAAUCAUGCUUUUGAUUUUUUCUUAUAUUUAGCAUUUAUGCCAACAUUUCGGCGUACAUUAAUGGAUAUAUUUAAAUGUAGAAUAUUUUUACGUAAUGAUCAUUCAAAUAAGAAACAUCAUCAUGAUAAUCAUAUCGAUGAUAAAUGUGAACAACAAUAUUUACAUCAUUCAGAACAAGAAAUCAAUAUUCAAUUUACUGAUCAAGAGACAAUGUCACUUUAUUCAAAUAAAUUAAUUUGUGUCGAAGAUUUUUAUUUAAAUUCGAACAGUUUAAAUUAUAGUACAGAUCCUAUACCGUUUAUUGAUCAAUAUGUGAAUUAUUCACCGGAACAUUAUACAAUUAAAACAUUAUGACAAAAUGUUAUCUUAGCAGGGGGGUUUUUGUGAUUAAAUGUUGAGCCAAUUUUUUAAAAAAAAAACUUUAUUAUAACAUUAUCAUUACAAUUUAACUGUCAAUCAUUCUCAUUGUAAAAAGUUGUUAUCCAUACAUAUAAACAUAUUUUGGAUUUAUUCAAAUUCAAUUAACAUUCCUUAUUUUUAUCUAGGAAAUGAAUUGAAUCAACUUUAUAGAAAUGUAUAUUGUAUCCAAAUGAGCAAUAUAAAUGUUUCUUGUCAAAAAAAAGAAAAGAAGAAGAAGAAGAAAGAAAUGCGAUUUUGUUCCAUUUGUCUUAUGAAUUACAUUAUUCUAACGAUAAUAAUCAAACAAACUGAAUAAUGAAAUUGUAGGAAAAAAAACAAAUUACAUAUACUAUUUUUCACAUUCCUUUUUAUAUACAACAAUAGAAUAUAAAAGAAAAUCAUUGACUGAAUUAAAUGAUAUAGAAUUAAUUUAUUAAAUAUUAUUCAUUUGCUUUAGUGAUGAAUAUUGCUAAUUUUAACAAAAUAUAGUUAUAUAUCUAUAUACACUUGAAUAUUGAACAAUAUUUGAAUGGAGGCUUGACAACAAACAUAAAAAGAAACCAGUUCUAUUUCAAUUAAACAUUUUAUCAAAAUGUUUUUUAUUUAUUUCUUAAAUGGCAGGUAAUGCUAUUAAGCGAUAAGAAAGAGAAAAAGAAAAAGAAAACAAAAGUGUAAUACACCAGUAUUUAUAAUAAAAUAUUGAUUUAUUAAAUUUGAGAAUAAAAUAACCAUAUGAGCAUAUAGAAAAUAAAUUAGUAUUAUAAUAAA